GCUUGGAAGUUCACAGGACUGCACUUCUCCUUGUUAGAGACUAGGAGAGACACCCCCAUCUUAUACUGGGUUGUCUCUAGGUUGGGAAGAUAUCAGAAAGGGGUUUCUGGGAACCUGAGUCUGUCUCACAGCAUCAACAGAGCAUCUUCUUGUGAGAUGAACAGCAACUCAAUCAGAGAUGGAAUUCCUAAUAUAUAAUAAUGCAAAUUUUUUCCUUUAUUUUCAGAUUCACUCCAGAAGAAAUAUGAUGAGAUCUCUAUGGAACUUGCCCGAAGAAAAGCCAUAGGAGAGGAGGGACUGAAGAAAGUUCAAAGAUUUGCAGAAAACAUCAUACUAGAUGAAGCCACUGCUCACCCUUACCUUGAGGUUUCAGAUGACAGAAAAUCUGUAAGAUCUCUUGAGAAAAAACAAAGUGUUUCUGAAAACGAUGAUCGAUUUGAUACGAUGGCAGCUGUUCUGGGAGAGAAUCGAUUCUCUAGUGGUGACCAUUACUGGGAGGUGAAAGUAGAAAAGAAGAACAGGUGGACAGUAGGAUUGUGUGUGGAUUCAGUUAAGCGAAAAGGGUGGUAUACAGCUGCUUAUCCUAGGACUGGUUUCUGGACAAUUUGUCUAAAGAAUAGUCAGUACGAGGCACUUUCUGACCCCCGUUCUAUUCUUAAUGUUCCAGAACCCCUCUUGGUAGUGGGCAUUUUUCUCCAGUACAAGAAAGGCCAGAUCACUUUCUACAAUGUGACAGACUCCAUCAUUCUCUAUACUUUCAAAAGCACUUUCACGGAAGUCCUGAGGCCAUAUUUCUACCCUGGACCUCUUGGUGAGGGAAACAUGGAGGGCCUCCAUAUUCGCACAUUGGCAGUGGCAGAUCCUGUCAUCAGUGUGGGGGACACAGCUGAGACACCACAGGAGCAUCCUCAUGAGCCAUGAGAGCAUCAGACAACCCAACCAGGAGGCUGCAGUCUGGGGAGCCAGGGUCUGCCAAGUCACCUUGAAUUGGAUAGUCCACCCAAAAUAAAGUGCAAGGACCGGCGUAAGGACUCUGG